AUGCCAGGUGGAUCGUCAGCUAUCGUUAACAAUAUGUAUGUUGAUGACUUAGUUAUCAGUUUUGCAAGUGCGCAAGAAGCCGAAGAAGUCGCCAAGGAAGCAGUUGCUAUAAACUCUGCUGCAGGUUUUACGCUAAGGAAAUUUGUGUCAAACGACAAAGGUCUUCAAGCCGAACUGAAUGGCGAGAACAAUUUCGCAGAUAGUGUUGUAGACAUGGAGCGAAAGUCUAUUGUCGACAAGGUGUUGGCCGUCGCGUAUCUGCGCAUAUUCAAAGGGGAAGACGUUGAUAUCGCAUUUGUCGCCGCUAAAUCGCGUUGUGCUCCUCUUAAGGGCAUGACAAUUCCCCGCUUGGAACUGCAAGCCGCAGUUCUUGGUAGCCGUCUUCAGAAGUCAGUUGUGGAAUACCACGACUUCAAUAUACAUCGCAUCGUAUUGUGGAGUGACUCAAAGACAGUAUUGCUCUGGAUCCGCUCGACGACUAGAGAAUACAAACAAUUCGUUGCUGUCGACACACGAGGUCAGCCCAUGACAGAAUCCGGUGCACGAAACCGCUGGUUCAAGGGGCCUACCUUUCUGCAACUCCCAGAAUCCGAGUGGCCAAAAGAAGUUACGCCACUUACGUCAACAGAAUGUGCUGCCGAGGAGAAGAAAAUCUUGCUUCUCACCUCAACAACAGAUGAGGUAACGAGCUGGGUGUUACGAUUCAACUUUAACGCAAGAAACCGUAUUCGCCGUUCAGGAGAGCUAAAAGCAUUUGAGAUCACUGACUCAGAAGUCUUCGUAUGUCGCCGCGUUCAGGAAGAGGUCUUUUCUAACGAAUUAGAAGAGUUGCGCUCCAAGCAAAAAGUGUCGAAGUCGAGCCCGUUAUACCAACUUACGCCGUUUUUAGACAUCGGUGGUUUGAUUAAAGUGAAUGGCCGCAUCGAUGCAGCAUAUUGCCUCCCUCUAUCGGCACGUCGUCCAAUCAUAAUGCAUCAACGCAACCACGUAACCAGUCUCUUAGUUUCAUAUUGGCACAAAAAGCUUCAUCAUCAGAAUGAUUGUCUCACAAUAAAUCAAAUUCGUCAAAAGUUCUGGGUACCACACAUCCGAGCAGUGCUUACGUCAGUAAAAAAGCGUUGUUCCGUAUGUAUCAUCACAGCCAAGCCAAGUGCGCCGAUGAUGGGUCAAUUGCCUGUCGAUCGCCUCACGCCUUACGUUCGUCCAUUCAGAUACACAGGAGUCGAUUACUGUGGUCCAUUUUUCGUUACUAUUGGACGUCGUAGAGAGAAACGCUGGGUUGCGUUAUUCACGUGUUUAACCGUCAGAGCCAUACACCUGGAGUUAGCUGAGGAUUUAUCGACCGAUGCGUUCAUAAUCUGCAUCAGAAACUUCAUCAACCAUCGUGGCACACCCGUACGAAUGCGAAGCGAUAACGGAACUAAUUUCGUUGGCGCCCAAAAACUAUUACGCGUCGAAGAGAGACUAUUUGACUUUAACCGUAUUGAACAAGACUGUGCCGAACGCGGUAUAGAGUGGAUCUUUAAUUGCCCUGCGAACCCGGCUGCUGGAGGAUGCUCGGAAAGAUUGGUUCAGUGUGUAAAACGACUUUUGGAGCGAGUGCUAAAGGAAGAAGCACCUCGUCUGGAAACAUUCAGAAGUACUUUAAUUGAAGCUGAAAACAUCUUAAACAGCCGUCCGCUUACAGAUAUUCCAAUCUCACAUCACGACCAAGAGCCGCUAACGCCGAACCACUUUUUGUUGGGUUGCCUGAAUUCAACGCAAACUCCAAGUCUCGAAGAAGAAAAGUUGUGCACCAGAGAGCAAUGGAGAAUUUCGCAAGCCUUGAAAGAUCGUUUGUGGAAAAGGUGGACCAGUGAGUAUUUGCCAUCCCUAAUAUGUCGCCCAAAAUGGAGGGAACAAGUCAAACCACUACAGCCAGGACAGUUGGUAAUAGUUUGCGAACCAAAUCUCCCGAGAAGUAAAUGGCUCAAAGGCAGAAUUAAGGAAGUGUUCGCCGCAAAGGAUGGCCAAGUCCGAUCCGCUAUAGUUCAAACCAGCACAGGAGAUUUGCGAAGACCAGCCGCAAAGCUAGCCGCUUUAAAUAUUUGUGAAUCCCAAUAA